GAUUAUUGCAAAGAAGAGAAUAUUCAACAUGUUACCAUCACGACGGGUGUACCAAGAGGAAAUGGACAGGUAGAAAGACUACAUAGGACUAUUUUGGCUGUGUUGACCAAGUUGUGUAUAGAACAUCCAUCAUUAUGGUACAAGCACAUCAGCCGAGUGCAGAGGGCUAUAAAUAGUACCUACCAGCGUAGCAUAGACACGACUCCAUUUCACCUGAUGGUUGGUAUAAACAUGAGAUGUAAAGAAGACCUGGAAAUAUUGGAUUUACUAAGACAAGAAGAGAUUGAUCAAUAUGAUGAACAAAGAGAAGACAUUAGAAUGAAAGCUAAGCAGCAAAUACUUCAGGUACAGGAGGAAAAUAGGAAGACUUUCAAUGAGAAGAGGAAACCAAGUUCUCAAUACAAAGAAGGAGAUUUGGUGGCCAUAAAGAGGACUCAGUAUGGACCGGGUUUGAAGCUGAAACCUAAGUAUCUAGGACCAUACCGGGUGACGAAGGUUAAGCGAAAAGAUCGUUACGACGUAGAGAAGGUGGAUACUGCUGCUGAAGGGCCUAAUAAGACGUCCAGCUCAGCUGAUCAAAUGAAGCCGUGGCCUAAUUAGGUAAAGUAUCUUGCUAUUUAAAUAAGAGGUGAUGAAUGAAAGGAUUUGUAAAUUAAAAACCAUUUUUAUUACGAUUGUUACGGUCAUUCAUUAUUGUAUAUUUUAUUUCACUAAAAUGUAAAGUUUAUCAUAGUUCAUGUUUCACUUACUGAUUAAUUAUAAAGAUGAACAAUAUUACAGUUUUAUAAACAUUGGUGUGUUUAGAACUUGAAUAUCUUAAGACUUGAUAUUGAGUAACCUGAAAGUAAAGAUUUCAAAUUAUUU